AUUAUUGUGUCAUGUCAAACAAUAGUAGGUGUCACUUUUUGUGAGAUUUUCCGAUUUUUCAUUUCUUUACAAUCUCCAGCGAACAGUACAAGAAAAUUUUGAAAUAUUUCGAUGGAUUCAUAUGAAAGUGUGGUGUUAGUUAAACCCGAAAUAUUUGUUUUCAAUAUUCCUCCUAGAUCUUCAAAUAGAGGAUACAGGGCUGCAGACUGGAAUCUAGCUGAACCAUCAUGGACUGGCAGAAUGCGUUUAAUUUCCAAAGGUAAUGAACUCAGUAUCAAGUUGGAAGACAAAAACUCUGGUGAACUUUUUGCAAAAUGUCCUAUUGAUUCUUAUCCAGGAGUAGCUAUAGAAUCAGUAAGCGACUCCUCACGCUAUUUUGUUCUGCGUAUCAUGGAUGACAAUGGUCGAACAGCAUACAUUGGUGUUGGAUUUGGAGAUAGAUCUGACUCUUUUGACUUGAAUGUAGCACUGCAAGAUCACUUCAAAUGGAUAAAAAAAGAGAAGCAAAGGAGUGAAGAGCCUGCCAGUGGUCCUGGAUUGGAUCUUGGUUUCAAAGAAGGGGAAACAAUCAAGAUAAAUAUGAAAAUAACAAAGAAAGAUGGCUCAGAGAGCAGUUCAAAGUCAAAACUAAAAUCUGGCAAUGGUGGUGGUCUGGGGGUGUUGCCUCCACCCCCAGGAGGUAAGCUACCCCCUCCUCCUGGCAGUUCUCCUGCUGUUUCACCAGCUCAUGCACCAAAAAAUAACAGCACAGUAGGAGAAUCAUGGGGUGAAUUCACAUCAGCAACAGAUAGUGCACCAACGCAAACUCAAACUUCAACAAACACCAAUUGGGUGCAAUUUUAAUUUGUUAGUGAUAAUGUUCAAUAUUGUUUUUCAGCGUUAUCAAAAGAAUGACAAAAUUUUAUUUGAUCCCCUGUGAUCUAUUUUUAUUUCAGCCUAGUAUUGAUUAUGCGGUGAAAUAUAGGUUGGAAUAAAUUCAACUUUUCAAUAGGGGGUGUCACAAAAAAUCGCUCAAAGACUUAAUUUUCAAAACUCUUGUGAGUCUUGUGUAACCAACAACAUUCAUCGGUUCAAGCGAUUUUCUUGUCACACAGUAAAAAGUAAUAGCUACCGAAUUUAUUUCAACCUAUAGAUGCUCACUGUAGUAAGUAUAUUAUGUAAUGUAAUAUACAUUAUUUGUCGUUAAUAUGAAAUAUUAAUUUAUAGUCAGGUUCUGGUGUUAGAACACCUUCGGUGAUUCCAUAUUAUAUCAAGAUUUAUAUAAAUAUAUAUAUAAGUUAACUGUAAUAGUCUAAAAGAGCCAGCGGAUCGGCAGACUUACGUUAUAUUAAUAAACUUUAUAUUGUUGCUAUAGGUAUAAUAUUUCACCUGCCAUAGAUGAAAUGGGAAUUCAUUAUCCCUGUCGACGGUUCCUUUGGGCGUAUAUAGAGAUCCUAAAACGUCAAAAAUUACUUAAAAACCGUGAUCACAGCAUGUCUUGCUUAUCAAUAUCCCAAAGUAUGUAAACUUUUAUAUAAAAAAUUCAAUGACAGACACUUGUUCCGGUUCCAAGUAUAUUUUAUAGAAUUUCAAAACAUCGAAAAGUUUUUUAAAAUUUGGGUUAUUACAGCAAAGCAGAAAUUCAAAUAUAAUAUUUACAUUAUUAUCAUACAUAAAUAUAUUUGUAGAAGCAUAGACAAAAGGUCGAUUUCAACAUGCGGACAGACGAUAAAAUGUUUAUUUUUCACUUGUCCAUUACUGCUUUAUAAUGGCUACGGUUGCUAUUAAAAAACCCAUAACGCCCAAGGGCGUUAUGGAGGGCAGUAUGAAUCAUAACGUCCGCUAAUUGUUUUUUUCUGUAGUUCAAUAAAUUAAUUACUCAGAAAAGUUUUAUUUAUAACUGUACAUAAAAAAGGGACCAAUUAUUUUUUCUCAAAUAUAAAUUACAAUUUUCAAAUGUUCCUGAAAAAUUAGUACCAAGUUUGAAUUUCUGUGAGUUAACUGAUGAUGAACUCCUCAAUGUGCAUUCGGUUUCGUUCGGAUCGUUAACAUUUUCUUUUUCGGAUACGGAAUGGGCUAUCAUUGUAGCAAUUUUGUUCUUCGAGGAGAUAAUUUCUUCAACAUAGCUCUCUGGUAUCGUACAACUCUUCCAUUUUUCAUGUUAUUUUAGUGUUUCAAAGGAAGCGCCACCUUGAACAAGAAGCGUUGGCGAUCGGCGUAAACAAUGUCCGGUGUAACCUUUCGGGUUUUUCCAAAUUAAUUUAUUUCACUAUGAUAGAAGGAAAACUUCCUAUAGAAUUUUUACCUCCAGGUAAAUCAAUGCAUUUAUUAUUUCUCUAGGUUGAAAAAAACUACGUCUACAUCCUUUUGGUUGUAGUGCAAUGUACUUUUUCACUAAGUUCAAGGCCCCUAAUUCGCUUUCUUCAACAAUGGUGAAAAUUUUUGAGGGGCAGGUCUUGGUUUCUGGUACCUCGAUCAGUAAAACCCAUCUGUCUUCAAUACAGAUACAUUCAAUGCACCCAUUACCAGAAUACUGGUACUGGUACUGGUGGGGGACGUUUGCACGUCAGCAACUAGUCCCUAAUGGGACCUUUAUGCAAGCCCCAAGGUGUUUUUAAUGACUGAUGUGGUUCGUUAAGAGAGCUAGCUAACAUCCUUUUCAGGCACCGCCCAUCAGCUCUCUUUUUUUUCGGCUCUGUUUUGUAGGCUAGUGAUGUACUCACUACCAUAUGCUGCAGUGGCAGGCCUGCUAGCUAUCAUCGUUAACCCCCGUUAGAGACUGGGGUCCACUAAGCAGCUGGCCCGCUCUUCACGCUCAGCCAGUAGAUUUCCACACCCACCUACAUACACCGUCCUACUUCUUCUCUGAUGCUCACAACCACAUCAUCAUCUCUUUCUGCGUGUUCUGUGUAGGCUUUGUUACUAACUACAUGCGCCACUUUAGGAGCAGUACUGUUAAUUGGAACGCAACAGCGAAUCGUGCAAGACUAUCCCCAGCCGAUGCUCCGAAACUUUAC